CAUCAUCCUUCUCGCUUCCCGUCCGCCGAGCACGUCGCGUUUCUCAACUCUGCAUCCAACACUACGACACGACAAUGGAGCGCAUCCUGCAGAACCCAGAAGAACUGAUCCGCAUCGCCAAUAUGGCGGUCGGCGGCCUCUGCAUCGCCGGCGGCAUCGGCUCCAUCAUCAACCUCUCCUUCUCCUCGAUCAUUAUUGGCGUGUACGAGAUUCUCGCCGGCGUAGUCGUGCUCGGCAUGGAGGUGCGCAAGCCGUCAAAGCACCAAAAGGCGCUCGUGGCGCAGUACGCGAGCUUCAUGCACUCGUUCAUUGGGCGGGGUGUCUUCUACCUCCUCAUGGGCGUGCUCAUGCUCAACUACCACACGCUGCUCAAGGUGUGCGGCUCGAUUGUGGGGUUGGUAGGCCUCGCGUUCGUGGCGCUCCACUUCAUCCCUGCUGUCGACACGCCGAGCACGAUGCGCGCGCCAGACAACGACCCCGAAGCCCAGCCGGUGUGGCAGGCUCCCACCGAGUAGGCUGGUUCAUAAACGCUAGCUAUUCAGACAUCUUAUCCGAUCUCGGCUGCGUACAGCCCGCCUCGCCUGGAUAGACCCGCAGGCAUAUACAGUAGAAUACGAAUGCACCUGUGACAAAGUC